UUAUAUGGUAGACUUGAUAAGCACCUAGCACAUACUUCCUUCCCAGUGAAUCACAACAAGUGGCUCGGCUCACCAAAAAGAGUCGACUCUUUCGUCUCACGAUAGUUGUCGUUCUUUGCCUGAUUCACUCUAGUGAGUCGGUUCACUCAAAAGAUCCACUUCAAAGAGUCGACUCAUUCGCUAAUGAUAAAUAGCUGGUAGCUGCCUGGCUAACUGUUAGCGCACGAUGGCAUAUUGUUGUCUGUUAAUUCAGCAUGAUAUUAAGCUAUAACAUGAUAAAGGAUUUGCUGAGUCGGUAUUCAAGAGCAUUUAUUUGUUAAUAUUCUCGACUGGUUUGCUUUCUCUGUGGUGACUAAAGGUCCGACAACUUCACUAGCUAGCAGGCUAACUAAUGGCAGCUAACUAGCUAGCCACACCGAGGUCCAGCCUGGUGGUUAUUGUGUACACGCAAAGAUCAUGGACUUCCCGGGACACUUUGAGCAGAUCUUCCAGCAGCUGAACUACCAGCGUGUCCACGGGCAGCUGUGCGACUGCGUGAUUGUGGUGGGCAGCCGGCAUUUUAAAGCUCACCGCGCUGUCCUGGCCGCGUGCAGUACGCACUUCCGGGCGCUGUUCAGUGUCUCCGAGGGUGACGGUAGCGUGAGUGUAAUCCGGCUGGAUUCAGAGGUGGUGACGGCCGAGGCGUUCUCGGUGCUCGUGGACAUGAUGUACACUUCCACGCUCACGCUGGGAGAGAGCAACGUCAUGGACGUGUUACUGGCUGCGUCUCAUUUGCAUUUAAAUACGGUAGUGAAGGCUUGUAAGCAUUAUCUGAACACUCGGACUUUGCCUAAGUCGCCUCAUAGUGAGCGCGGGAGUCAGCGUGAGCAGCAGCAGCAGCAGCUGAACAAUGGCUCUAACUCACGCCUCCAGCGCUCGUUCCUCUUGCAGCAACUCGGCUUAAGCGUCGUUAGCUCCGCCCUUAACGAAGAAACCGAGGAGGAAGGAACCGUAGCUAGUAGAGGGGCGGGGUCAGUUUCAGGUAGUGGACUGUUAGAACAACGCGACUCUUUCUACUCGCAACGCCGCUUGCAGAAGCGCAAGCAGACGUUUUCUCUGAUUCGCUCAGAGGCAGAAAGCCCACGGCAGAGGCCACGCCUCCCUUCACAAGCCCAGGGCAUCGUGGGAGAUUGUGGAGAGGGAGGAGCUAGAGGGGAGGAGCUUCUGUCCCCGGACUCGCACAGCAAAACCAUAGAUGAGGAUUCCAAACUGGACGUAGUGGUGAUUGCAGCGGACGAGAGAGAAGAGUACAGAAGGGCGGCGGCGCAAGAGGACGUGCAGCUGCCCAGCCAAUCAGACGGCGGCAGAGGGAGCAGGGCGGAGCCUCUACUGCUGCCGCACAAGGAGGAAUAUCCAGACGGCGAUGGUGUUCAGGUGAAAGGUGGAGGUGAGGAAGAAGCACAGCGUAUGCAGGUGGUGGUAAAGAGCGAGCCGAUCAGCUCACCUGAACCCGCAGACGAGACCAGUGAUGUCACAUCGCAGGCUGAGGGCAGUGACCAGGUGGAGGCCGUGGGAGAGAAGCUGGGACUGAGUCCCGAAGGCAGUGAGCACAGCUUCAGCGACCCUCAGCCCAGCUCCGACAUCCUGAUCUCAGAAAUCAAGGGACCAGUCAUGGAAGGAGAGAGAGCGGGUGAUGCGGGAGGAGGUGUAGACAGGAGAGAAAGAGGAGGGGGCCUCCUGAGCACAAUGAGCUUCGACCGCAUCUCUGUCCCAAACACCACGACAGGGGAGUGCACACUGGACCACGAGCCCCCUCGUUUCCUGUUCGGCUCCGACUCUUCUUCUAUGCACCUCCCUCCAUCUCAGAACCUCCUCUCGGGGGAGGUGCAGGAGUUUUCCAACAUGCGGGCUGACACACUUCUGCUUCAGCCUAUGCUUGACGGGAUAGCGUCGUCGUCUUCAGAGCAACUGGCGCUGGAGUUUCAGAGAAACAUUUGCAGGGGUGGCGCGUAUAGAUUUCCUCCUUAUCGACGCAUCGCACCGAAAGCUGCACCUGGAGCCGCUUCGAUGCAGGACUCUGCUUCCUCGUCCUCCGCUUCCUCAUCAAUGCUUGUAAACGGUGCUAAUUUCGACGGUUCUAGCCAACGAGGAAGCAACUCGAACUUGAAUCCUCUGCCCCAGUUGACCCGCGCGUCAGCAGACGUGCUCUCCAAGUGUAAAAAGGCGCUUUCGGAGCAUAACGUGCUGGUGGUCGAAGGAGCGCGCAAAUACGCGUGUAAAAUCUGCUGUAAGACCUUCCUGACGUUAACAGACUGCAAGAAGCACAUCCGAGUUCACACAGGCGAGAAGCCUUACGCAUGCCUGAAGUGUGGCAAGCGCUUCAGCCAAUCCAGUCACCUGUACAAACACUCGAAAACCACCUGCCUCCGGUGGCAGAACAGCACCAUGCCGACCGGACUGCUUUAAAUCAAACAAUCGUGAAUAUUAAACACACCUCCGCACUGUGUUCCUGCUCUGGACUGCUGAAAAUACACCUGCGUGUGAUGCAGCCUCUAACACACACACGGACAAUAUGGAGUAUUCGUUUUAACGCCGCUCUAAACACAAACACACUCCUCCUCAAGAAACUAAGCACGGAAGUGUAUUUGCCAAAUUAGAUUUUAUAUUACUGUUAUCAAUAACGUUUCACAAGUGAUGGCACUAGAGAUUGCUCUAACGCCAUGUGAUUAUUACGUUUAAGCUGAAUUUGUGAAGAAGUGGCAAAGCCACCUCGUGCUCAGAGCUCAUAACUGGAUAGAUGUGCGGUCUACUGUGACGACGACGGAGAACACUUCUGCUAAACUCUGCAGUUAGAGCUGAAGGAAAGGACAUAAAGCACCAUAAUGAGAUCAACUUCUCUUCAUUUCACAAUGAAAUUUACGUCGAACCCAGAAGUCCGUUUGGAACACGGCACAUUUGAAGUCGAUGAAUUGUAAAAGACCAAUUUAAUUGACCUGAUUUGGAGCAGGAGGAAUAGUGAGCGCCAAAACUUUUUCCCGCAUCGGAUCAGUAUCUGAAGCUAAAAAACAAGCAGUCCGUGAACUUGCUUCAUGUUAAGAGUUUCCAUCCACCUGUUUUAUUCCAUUUUUUUUCCUAUAAGUAUGAAAACGGAAAACAGAACACUAACAAAAAAUUGUAGAGAAUUCAAAUACUUCUGUGUAGAAUAAGUAAAAAAAAUUCACUGAGGCCACUUAGACCUAUAACGUUUCUAUUUUCCUAUAACUGCACACCCCUAAGUGUUUUAUACCACAUGAUUGCCAACGAUUAUAAUGUUUUAUCUAUUGCAGAACAUCAUGCUACUGUUUAUAGUUACAGUUAAUGCUGUGGAACGUCUAGGAUACGAGUUAGUUCCUGUAAUCACUUACGUUAUAGCAGCUGUAAACUGUUGUUCCCUCAGCAGCCUCUCUAUUUCUCUCUCUCUCUUGAAGUUAAUAAGACAAACAAUGCAGCUUGAAACUAUAGAAACAGUAACGUAUAAGAACGAGCAGAUUAAUAUCAACCUGUGAUUUGAAUUAAAGCUGGAACUACUGUUGAAGAAAAUUAAUCAACACCUUCCGACCAAUCAGAAUCAAGAAUUAAGCAGCGCUGUGAUGUACAUAUUGUUGGUUCAUCAAUAAAAUGAAUGCGCUCCUUUCCUUCAUUUAUUCUCCCCUUCCUCCUUUCCUUCUUCCCUUCCUUCCUUCCUUCCUCCUGCUAUUCAUUUCCUCCUUUCCUUACUCCUGUACUCCCUUCCUCCUUUUUUUCCUUUCCUCACUUCUUCCUCCCUCCCUUCUUCCCUCACUCCCUCCUUUCCUCCCUCCCUUCCUUCUGCUCGUCCUCAUUUUCUCCUUCCCUUACUCCUUUACUCCCUCCCCUGUUCUUCCUCUCUCUCCUCCUUCUUCCCUCACUCCCUCCUUUCCUCCCUCCCUUCCUUCUUUCCUUCCUCCCUGCCUCUAUUUUUCUGCACAGUGUUGAUUAAUUUUCUGUAACAGCAGCCCUGACAGUAGUUCCAGCUGCAGAGUGAAUCACAGGUGUAUAUUAAAGCGCUCCUAAUACAUAAUUGUUUAUAAUAGUAACAGCAUUUGGAUGGAAACAUUAUAAGUAGCAAGUAACACUUGGACAAAAAAAUGGCUGAAAAGUAAACGCACCAUUGGUGUGACGGUAAAAAAGCAGUAGUGGUAGCGCAGAAGGCUUUCUCAAACCAAAGUCGUGCUCUUCUCUUCCUGCAUCGGUCAGACUGAUGCUUAUUGUUUGUUCGCUUGUAGUCGUGAACUGUGUUGUGAUCUCUCUGGAAAUAUUUCUGAACUUGCAGUCGUCCAGAGAGAUGCGUGCUGUACUGUAAUCGUUUCUGCUUCCUAGAUGUUUGCAUCUGUGCAGCGUACAUGAGCAUUUGUUCACUUUAAAGGGCUAAACGAAUGAACACGCGAAAAAGAAAAGCUGAAAGUGAAGCUCAAACGCCAUUUUCCUCGUCAUGUCUUCUACAGAAACUGUGCCACGGUGUAAAAAUUCACCUUUGCACCUUCAACCGUUGUGGCUUUAACGUCAUUUCUCCAGAAGUGACAUGAAAAGAUGAUACGAUCUUUUAAAUGUUUGUGUUUUGUUGUUUUCAUGUUAAAGAAAGUACAGUUGUUGUUGUUGUUGUUGUUUUUUUUUAAUAUAUUCCUGUGAUGGUGUGUAACGGAGAAGUGUUCAUGUCUUAUAUGAUGUUAAUAAUAAGCUGGUAAUAAUUGGUGCUUCAUUGUUUGAGGUUUUGUUUUUUUGCCAGGAUUUGAAGAAUCUGAAGACUCCGUCUCGUCCUCACUGAGCUUGUGUUCACAGUAAACGCCGUUAAAAGAGAAGGAUGUUGGAGCGGAGUGCAGGAUCGAUCAGCCUGCUGACUGACAGAGUAAAUAUCUUACGAGGCUUUAGCUGUGGUGUGGAUGACGAGAAACACCAAAAGAAAGAUCCGUUUAGUUUUUUGUGCUCUUACUGUUACGUUCAUCACAUGUAAGAUGUAGCUCUGAAUUAAAACACCUCUUACACACGUGCAGUUCAUCCAGCCUUUAUCCCUCUUUAUCUCUCUUUAUCUCUCUUCUCACCUUUCUUUCGUUCUCUUUACAUUUCUCAUGUUUCUUUCUUUCUUCCAUUUCUUUCUUUCAUUUUACUGUUUCUUUUCAUUUCCCAUCUUUCUUUCUUUCUACCCUUUUAUUUUCCUCUGUCCAUUGCUCAGUCUAUCUAUCUAUCUAUCUAUCUAUCCUUUUUGUUUAUCAUUUUUUUUUCUUUUUUCCUUUUCUUUCAUUCAUUCAUUCACUCAGUUUCCAUUCUUGUUUUUUGUUUCUUUCCUUUUGUUUAUUUCUUGUUUCAUUUUAUUUUUCCCUUCUUCUUUAUUUAUAUAUAUUUAUAUAUUUUUUUGUUUUCUAUUCCUAUUUCUCAUGUUUGUUCGUUUGUUCUUUUUUUCUGUACUUUCUUCAUUUUAUUUUUCUCUUUAUGUAUGUAUUUAUUUAUUUAUGUAAUUUUGGUUUCCUCUUUCUGUUUCUCAUGAUUUUCAUUCUUUUGUCUGUUUUCUCUUUACAUUUUCACCCUUCUUUCUUUCUUUCUUUCUUUUUUUAUAUUUUGGAAGGUGUAGCUCUGAAAUUUAAAAAGCUCUUACACAUUUUUUUUCUUUUUUUUUCCCUCCAUCACAGCGUCUGGCCGUGUGUUACUGCGUUGUAUAUCUGUAACCUUAGGUACUGGAACUGUAACGCGCAGGACGAUACUAGAGUUUACACUGUUCAUAUCAUGGGAUCUGCCUCCAACGUCACAUUUACAAACACAUUAAACCAAAUGUUCAGUGUUUAA